CGAUGGAGCACAACCACCUCCACCUCCACAACGGCUCCCUCCUGGCGCACCACCGCUAUGGCUGCGGCUUGGGAUACGCACCUGUCGUCUACUACAGCCUGCUGCUCUGCCUCGGGCUGCCGGCAAACAUCUUGACAGUCAUCAUCCUUUCCCAGCUUGUGGCUCGCAGGCAGAAGUCCUCCUAUAACUAUCUUCUAGCUCUAGCUGCUGCUGACAUCCUGGUUCUCUUCUUCAUUGUCUUUGUUGACUUCCUCAUGGAAGACUUCAUCUUAAACAAACAGAUGCCUCAGGUACUGGACAAGAUAAUUGAGGUCUUGGAAUUUUCUUCCAUCCACACCUCCAUUUGGAUUACGGUUCCGCUAACGAUCGAUAGGUAUAUAGCUGUGUGCCAUCCACUGAAGUAUCACACAGUCUCCUACCCUGCUCGUACUCGAAAAGUCAUUGUAAGUGUCUACAUCACCUGCUUUUUGACCAGCAUCCCCUACUACUGGUGGCCCAACAUUUGGAUCGAAGACUACAUAAGCACAUCAAUGCAUCACGUUCUCAUCUGGAUCCACUGCUUUACCGUUUACUUAGUGCCCUGCUCCAUCUUCUUCAUCCUGAAUUCCAUCAUCGUGUACAAGCUGCGGCGAAAGAGCAAUUUCCGACUGCGAGGGUACUCCACAGGGAAAACAACAGCCAUUUUGUUUACUAUAACUUCUAUUUUUGCCAUACUUUGGGCACCAAGAAUAAUCAUGAUAUUGUAUCACCUCUACGUAUCACCUAUAAACAACAGCUGGGUGGUACAUAUUGUGUCGGACAUUGCCAAUAUGCUAGCACUGCUGAACACUGCAAUUAAUUUCUUCCUCUACUGUUUUAUUAGCAAAAGAUUUCGCACAAUGGCAGCUGCCAUGCUGAAAGCCUUCUUUAAGUGUCAGAAGCAACCUGUGCAAUUCUAUACAAACCAUAACUUUUCCAUAACAAGCAGCCCUUGGAUUUCCCCAGCCAACUCUCACUGCAUCAAAAUGCUUGUUUACCAGUAUGAUAAGAAUGGAAAGCCUAUAAAAAUAUCACCAUGAAAAUGGCAAUAGUUGGAGUUUCUGGGUGCAAGUUCUUUUCAAGUGGUUACAUCUUCAGGAUGUAAUUUGCUGAAAUGGCUGUUUUGAAGAGUGGUCAUUUGAUUUCAUUUCCCUGGGAGACCGAGGGCAGAUCAGACUGUUAGGAGAGAACAGGAGCACUUGAUUUUAGGAGCAAAAGUGAAAAGGCAAAUGCCUCCGUCUCUUACAUAGCAUUUUGAAUAUGCUUCAGAGUUCAAGUCAUAGUGUUCAGUCGCACUCAAACGUUUUGCAUCCCAGCACCAGUGCAGUCCAAAGUCAUUGAAGGGGGGAAGCCACAACAACAGUUAAUUACAACCUUUUAAAACACAACAACAAAACCUUACUUGACCAUGCAGUUCGCUAUCGACGGAGCAAACGGAUGCUUUUAUGUACUGUGGAAGGUGCCAUUUCUGGUGUGUGCACUUGCCAAAAAUGAUGUGUUGUUUCUGACAUGAAAUACUACCACACACAGUCUUGCUGUCAAGACCUUGUUGCAAGAGGCAGCCUGCAAGACAUGAACUGUGACAAGCCCUUUUUGGCUCACUUGAACGAGGCUCAAGGACCGAUGUAGUACCUGUUGCAGCCUUGGCAUGGAAAGCAAUCCUCCAAGCUGCCAAUAUUCAGAUGUUUUAAGUUGUUAUUUAAGAAUGCGACCGAGACGGGGGAGCUCAUGGGAGGGAGGGAGGUUUCUAGAGCCAAGAACAAAAGCAGCAUCUUUUCCCAGCUAUUUCAGUUAUGGUGUCUAAAGACUUUCAAGUGUGAGGCCAAGUCCUGCCUGAUGCAGAGCUCCCACUGAAGCUGCUCCUGUGAGGUUUGGAGUGAUCACAGCCUUCAGGUUCCUUCUUAAUCAAUAAAGAUUCUCAGAUAUCCCCCAUGUUCAGGCCUUUAGGGAUUAACAUAUAAAAACCUCAGCCUAAGAUUUUUCUCCUGACAGAUUAUACCAUCCUAUUGCAGAUUUGCCCUUUAAUUGUUAAAAAAACUAUUUGCAAAAGAAAUCCAUUAAAUACUCAACAGCAGUAAAAACACAGAUCAGCUUGGACUAAGGCUUUUAAAUAUUUACCUUAUUUAAAGUAGCUUAACUUCUCUUCCUUCACACUCAAAAACCAGCAUCCCAGCAAUGCUGAGUGUAGAAAAUGAGAGAAGAGAUUUACAGGAAAGCUGAAAAUGCAUUUCUUUUAAUUUCUCUCCUUUUCAGAUCUUGGCACGUGGUCUCUCAGAGCCACGUACCACAACCUUUUUACUUCUAUAUUGGGCACUCACUGCAGCCUGACCAAACGUGAGAGCAGACUUCCUUGCAUGGUGAACACAAGCACAAUGUGGUCAGUGGACACAACAGCUUCUCAGUAGCUGCAAAUAAGAAGUAGUCUGGUGCUAGCACUGCAUUUGUGCCUGUGCCCAUCUCCAUUGCCAGCAGGGAGCUCGUGGCGCAUCAGGGACUAACAUAGCGAGGUCCUCUGAGAAGGGAUCCAGUCAAUCCCACUUUGGUGGGAUCUGAGGCCUGAAAGCAUCUCUCUAAAAUGCAUGGAUAGCUCAGCUUUGGUGCAUUUCCCCUAAGAAACGCCAAGCCUGCAAAAGACCUGCUGAGGACAAGAGCCUGGUUCCCUUCUGUCACAAACGUUGCGUUUGCACACUGACUCCUACGGGCGUCCCGCAAGAGCAAAACCCACACCAAACCCGAACACGCCUUCCCCAGGAGGGAACGGCAGCAGAAGGCACAAGCCCUGAAGACCGGGACCCCAGGCAAAGGCUGGCUCGUGCGCGGAGGGGCUUUCUCGGGAGAGAUGGAGGCUACUCGGGUCGGUCAGAAGCACAGGGAGGGGAUGCCCAGCGCCUCGGGGAGCACGCACCACCCGGUCCUCUCCCACCGGCCGAACGGUUGGGAGAGCUGCUCGGCGCUCCUCUGCAAGGUGCCGGAGCACCCCAGGGACCGCGCUGGUGUGAGCACGGAGAGGGGCGUCUCUGGGGAAAGGGGGAGCUGAGAGCAAAAGCUGACCCUUCCCACCCUCACCCACCAAGGGGAUGCUCCCCACCUAAAUCUCCCCAGAUUCAGAGGGGAAUGAGGAGUUCCCUCAUCCUGUAGGCUCUUUGUCCCCGUGAUCUCAACAAAGCUUCACACGUACUUGCAAUAAUAAAGCGUAAGAGGGAUGCUCAGCCUUGCUGUAUUUGUCGUGGCGAGGUUAAAAUGAUUGCUCCCUUUACCAGUGUUUUACAGAAAUUCAGUUUUGUGGCCAUGCCUUCUACCCUCCUCUUAGAAACCUCUCUCUGGUCUUUGUCAGUUGAUAGUAACCAAAGUUACCUUAUGAAAAAGGUACUGUAUGUUUCAUUUUGGGAAAACACUGUAUUUAUAACUUAUUUUUAUUCUAAAUUUGCUAUGAGGAAUGCUUGUCUGAGUUACAUGUGAAUGAGUCUGAAGUGCAAUAUCUAUAUAGAUAAGUGGUUCAUUUUUGAGAAUGUAUCUAUUGAAAAAAACUAUUUAUACAAGAAAUUCACUAUUCUACUUAAUAUAAUAGUAACCUUACAGAAAAUAGUGAACGUUUAGGGCUUUUAUUUAUUAAAAAAUUUCAAUUAAGUGCAUGGCAUAUGCUGCCAUUCACAUGGUGUGAUUUACUAGUUUUUGUAACAUAAUGUUUAUCCUGCAAACUAGCAGUGUCAUCUGAUUUUUCCUGUCCUGAUGAUGUAUUUUUGUAAAUUACCAUAUUUAAAAACAAAAUCUUUCUGCGUGAAUAUUUUAUUUCCCACUAAAAAUAACCCAUUAAAUUGUUGUAACUUCAUUUAAAAAGACUCGCAAUCCUUUUCUGUAUCAUUUUAGAAAUGACAAGGUGCAAUUUUCAUGUACAGUGGAUUGGUCAUUUCAUUUCUGAUAAUUUAGGGCUUUAAGAGCUUACUUCCAAAGCCCCUUGAAGUCAAAGGGAAGGUUGCUUGUGGGUUUUGUGGUUGGUAUUUCCAAUCCCCAUCAAUUUAGGAGGGCUUUGGAUCAAGCCGUAUGUUGUUAACAGACGUUUGAAGCCUUCUUAGAGUCCAGUUUGGAUAAUAAAGCCUUGACUUUUUAGUCUGCCAUAUGGGAGCUGCUGUUGAUAAUACUUGCCUUAUUUUUGGUUGUGUGAAGCAUCUUGCAAUGACUGUUGCUAACUAGCCAAUGUCUUGCUGUAUUAUUCGUACCUCCUAAUUUUCCAAUAGUAAAAACUUAACCAAGCACAUAUACUGUCAUUAUUUAGGGACAAAGUAUCCUGGAGACAAAACCAUCUUUGUUGUGGAGAUGGUCUUUUGUACUCUAUUUAAUUUCUAUUUCAAAUAUCUACAAUUAGAAAAAAUAAGCUGUGAAUGGACAGUUUUACAAUUACUUAUAGGUAUAUGUCCUUGAAGACCACAGCUAGGAACAAAAUACUUUUUAGAGGAGUUGCUGGUAUAUAAAGUUAUGGGACCUAUCACCUAUUUAAAUUGUGAAUAUGGAUAUUUUCGUAAGUAGAAAAUAUAUUGUGUUUGACAAACUUGUUUGUAUUAUAAUAAAUUAUG